AGGGAGAGAGAGAGAGAGAGAGAGAGAGAGAGAGAGAGUAGUCUGAGAGCAAAAAGGCUUUUUAUGGGUCUCUCUUCACUCUUCCUCUUAAAACAGUAAUGGAGUCUUUUGCAACAUUGCACCUUCGAAAUGGGAGCUAACCAAAACUCCCAAUAACGGUUUGGUUUGCUUUCUCUGCUCCAAUAUUCCUCAAGCAAUGAGCUCCGAUCGGAAACUAGCCAGCGCUAUUGGCGGAAAGACGGCGAGAGCCUGCGAUAGUUGCCUGUGUAGACGCGCCCGUUGGUACUGUGCUGCCGACGACGCCUUCCUCUGCCAAGGUUGCGAUGGUUCAGUCCAUUCUGCAAACCCUUUAGCUCGUCGCCAUGAAAGGGUUCGACUCAAAACUGCAUCACUGAAGCCCCCCACUGAAGAUUCCAAUCCUUCUUCAUUCGAGAAUUCUCUCCCUUCAUGGCACAAGGGCUUCACCCGCAAAGCUCGAACUCCUCGAAAUGUCAAGAAGCCACCCAAAACUGAAGAAUCCAUGCCCUUAAACCCUCUCCCUCUAGUCCCCGAGAUGGGUAGUGAUGAAACCUCACCGGACGAGAACGAAGACCAGCUUCUCUAUCGUGUCCCAGUCUUUGACCCUUUUGUUGCUGAGCUCUGCGCGUCUACAACAUCCAGCGAAGCAGCAGCACCAGCUAAUACUGUUGCUACAGUUUCUGUCGUUGAAAGUGAAUCUAAGGCUUUGUUACCGGUUGCUGUUGAUAACUUACCUGGAUUUCUACCGUCAGAUAUGGAUCUUGCAGAAUUCGCAGCUGAUGUGGAGAGCUUAUUGGGUCGAGGGCUUGAUGAAAACUCGUUUGGCAUGGAAGGCUUGGGACUACAGAGUGCUAAAGAGGAAGAAAGAACCAUGGAUGAUGCCAUGGAGGGUUGCUUUGGAAAUGGGAAGGUGAAGGUUGAGGUGGAAGAUAGAGAUGACGUGGAUACUGUUGUUGGAUGUCACGUGGAUCUAGAUGUUGAGAUGGGGAGAGAGACACUGGACUUGAACUUUGAUUAUGAUUCGCAGACUACAGCUGAGGAGGAAGAAGAGGAGAAAUUUAGUGGUGGUGCAACUGCUGAUGGCGGUUGUAGUGGAGGGUCGGCCAUGAUGAUGAUGAAGAUCAACGGUGGAUAUCAGUUAAAGUUGGAUUACGAGGCGGUCAUCGCCGGUUGGGCUGUCCAGGGCCAGGGUUCACCCUGGACCACCGGAGACCGGCCUCAACUCAACCUGGACGAUUGCUGGCCCGAUUUUCUGAGUAUGUGCUCCAUGGAUGUUCAUCCUCAUCAUCAUCAUCUACCAUAUGAAGAAAUGGUAGGAGGGGGACAUGUGGCGAAGGGUGAUGGAGGGAGAGAAGCUAGGGUUUCAAGAUACAGAGAGAAGAGAAGGACUAGGUUGUUCUCUAAGAAGAUAAGGUACGAGGUGAGGAAACUCAAUGCAGAGAAGAGACCCAGAAUGAAAGGCAGAUUCGUUAAGAGGAGUUCCUUCGCUGGAACUAGUUUUCCCUUCUAAACCCACUAGCUAGUCAUGGACUUCAUCACCUUGGAACGUGUUUUUUCUGUCCGGGUUGAGUUAUUAGUUAGGGAAGUUGUAACUUCAGUUUUUACUUCGAGUCAUCUAUACUUACACUAGUGAUAAGCUAAGCUAAUAGAUGCAUAAUCUUUUAACUUAAAA